GCCACAUAUAUACAUGUAUAUAGCGGCUAGAAAACAGGUCGUGUGAAGUUGUCCACGGUGGAACUCUUUAUCGUCUCGAGAGGUUGGUGACGACACAGUGAGAGGUCAAGGGUGAGAGAAUUUAUAAGUUCCUUGUAGCCGAUAUAGUUUAUAUAAACACAUGUUAGUGAAUGGCGAAAUACCCACUGAUCACAACAUUUACUCGACACAGGUGAACGACUCUGGACUUCUAGCGCUGUGACGGUGUAUGAUUAAAAAUUUAUGACAAGUGUUAAAAGUUAUUUAUAAGGAGGCGUACGUGUAGAGUCUCAGUGCCAUACCUGGAGCGAGAGAAGGAAAGAUGAGAAACAGGAAGGAAAAUAACGGUGAUUCGGAUGGACAGAAAGUUAAUAACAACGACACCAGCAAUGAAUGCCGGGAAAAGUUCUAUUCAAAAUUGUGUGAAUUAAGAGAACGGGCUCGGAAAACGGGACUCGAAAAAGACUUUGUUGCCCAUGUGUUUAGGGCUCGUGGAAAUCUAAAAUUCCAACCCCAAGAACAAAUAUCAUGGCCAAAAACCAUAGCAAUGGCCUUGACCGUUUCAUUCCUUGUAAUGGCAGGGGUCGCGACCUUUGCUGGGGUUAUCAUAAAAGUUACCGGGUGGGAUGAGGAAAUAUAUGCCUCCUUUCGCGAGUCACAUUGCCUUCUAGAUAAUGGGGGAUUUACGAUAGAAAUCGCCAGGCCUCUGACGAACUGUGAUUGUUGUAGAAAUCUCAAAGAGUUUCCCAUUGAAAGGAAUAUCUCCGCGGACGAUUUUGUGAGGAAAUACGCAUACACCGCGGUGCCUGUUCUUAUUAAAGAUGCUACUCAAAACUGGACAGCAAUGAGAAACUUCAGUUUUGAUUUUUUCAAAAAUUUGUACACAACUACGAAAGACGCUUUGACAGUAAUCGAGGAAGAAUGCCAGUUUUUCCCUUACAAAACAGAGUUUGAGACCCUGGCCGAUGUAUUCAAUAUGUCGGUUGAAAGGGCCAAUUUUACCCCAGGGGAAAAACCCUGGUAUGUCGGGUGGAGUAACUGCCACUCGGACGUGGCGACCGUCCUCAGACAGCACUAUAACCGGCCCUACUUCCUUCCUGUGGACUCCGAAUCAAGUCAGGUGGACUGGAUCUUCAUGGGCGGACCUGGACUGGGGGCAUUCGUUCACCUUGACUACGUCCAGCGACCGUCAUGGCAAGCACAGAUAUCAGGACAGAAAACCUGGACUCUGAUUCCAACCCCCGAGUGUGAGCACGUGUGUACGGCGCUAAACGUCACCGUCAGUAAAGGAGAUAUCAUUGUGUUAGACACGAACCAAUGGUAUCAUGCCACUUAUAUCCAUCCUGGAGAAAUAAGCAUCACUAUUGGAUCCGAGUACGACUAAUUAAAUAAAAUGUUAUCUCCAGAA